AUGCGCGCCUGGCGCUGUAGGAGCUGCAACAGAGCUCGUACGCAAGAAAUUUGGCUCCCCACACUCCAACAUCGUCGCGCCCACGCUGCAGCCGUCGCGCCAGCAUGGAGGCCGUCUUCGGCACUUGACGAAUGGGUCCAGCGUGAAGCCAGGCCCAUAAGCCUACGCCAACUGUCCUUCUUUGGCCGCACGCUCACGGAAUCUCGCCUGCUCGACUCUGCCAAAUACUGCCGCCUCGAGCUCCCAACCAGACUUGCCCACCGCCUGCGAGAUAUCCAAACGCUGCCCUAUGUCGUCGUUGCAAACCCCCACCUCGCCCACGUUUACGAGUCGUACCUGCGAGCCUUUGAGCGCUUCCGUCGCGUGCCCGAGAUACGAUCGCUCGAAGACAACGACGAGUACUGCAAGGUACUGACGGAAACCCUGACCGAACAUGCCACCGUCAUCCCUCGACUGGCCAUUGGCGUCCUCGAGGUGCGCGGUCUCAUGAAGGCAGAGGAAAUAGACAAGUUCAUGACUGCCAUGCUGAGAUCGCGCAUUUCGCGACGCGUCAUCGCAGAGCAGCACCUCGCACUCACCGAAACCUUCAACUCGCCGUGGCAUUUCCCUCAGGCCGAGCACCCUCCACAUGACCAGGAAGCCGUGGGCGAGAUCUUCCUCCGAUGCAAUGCGCGAGAGAUUGUCGAGACGUGCGGAAAGACGAUGCAGGAGCUGAUCAAACGCGCCUAUGGCUCGCACAUCGCUAUUCCAGAAAUCAACGUCUCCGGCCACCUCGAUGCAACCUUUCCAUACAUCCUCAGUCACCUCGAGUAUAUCAUUGGCGAGCUGCUGCGGAAUUCAAUCCAGGCUGUCAUCGAGCAGCGAAAGUCCAAAAACGCCAAGCUUCCGCCAAUUGAGGUGCUGAUCUGCGAAACCUCGCAGCACGUCAUAAUCAGAAUCUCUGACCAGGGCGGUGGUAUCCCGAACGAGGUUUUGCCCUAUUUGUGGAGCUUCAGCAAAGGGCCGCGGCGCGAGAAGCGACUUGAGAACCUAGCAAGGGUACCCAAGCUGGUAGGAACGCUGCAGGAGCUGCAAGUGCCCGGAGAUGAGUCGACGGCCGAUUUGCAACAGAAGCACAGAAACAAGUCGAGGCAUGGCGACUCGGGCACCCACCAUGGCUCAUUGUCCUCGCUGACGGGGCGGGCACCAGAUCGACGCCUUGGUAUCGGCCUUCCCAUGUCCCGACUAUAUGCAGAAUACUGGGCUGGAAGCCUGGAGAUUCACAGCCUAGAAGGAUACGGCGUAGAUGCUUUUCUGCAAAUCUCGAAGCUCGGGAACAAGAAUGAGCGACUGACUACGCGAGCCUCAAUGGAUGCGAUAUAG